AAUCUUUCUACGUUUAGAUGUCUAUUAGAUGUCUAUUGAACAUAACAUUGUUUGCUGAGGUACUACAUUAUUUCCUUUAGCCCACAACCUUGGCAAGUCGUUCUUGGUAUGUGUGUUUACAACUGUCUGACUCUGUCAUAUAGAUAAGAGAUUUCUCACCCAUAUUAAAUUGUCUUUUUUUUUAGGUUGAAAAAUCCAGUAUUAACUCAGGUACCAUUUUGAUCUACUCAUCCUUCCUCUUUAUUAUAUAACAGCACAUCAGCGCAUUGCAUUAUUAUACAAUAAGAAGACAGCACUCCACUGUGAGUGCUCAAUUUGAUGCUUCAAAGAUAAUUUGCUAAGACUGAGAAUUAAAGGUGAUUAUAUUGAAAAUAAUGUUCAGUUUCUUGUACCAGACAUCAUUACACUUAAUAUGAACCCAAUUUUGACUCUCAAAGGGAUGGUAAGAAAAUGCAUUAGAGACUCUUCUCUAGGACUCACCCAUGUAAAAAACAAUUUCACCAAAAAAUCAAUAAAAAUACAUUGAGUUAUUAAUAUAUUAUAUUUAAGAAUUAUAAUUAAGAAAGUAUAUACAUCUUAGAUAUAUGCCUUUAUUGGAAAAAAAAAUCGAAUUAUUUUGCAGCUCAUAGCUUCUCCACAGCCAACUGAGUGAUAACAAUAAUUAGUGCUCAAACUAAAUAAACCCUCCAACGCCAAUCAUAUCUCAAAUAUUGACAGCCCCCUGGAGAAAAGCUGCAGCUAUGAUUGAUCAUUAUAAAUAACUGUAUGCUUGAGAUAACAAGCAUUUUGUUUAUUAUGAGCAGGUGCUUAAAACACAACCCUCAUAUGUUCAGUUGAUUACUAUUGCAUGGCAUUGUGUCACAACACAGAAAUAGACUGUGCGUUGAGGGGGGUGGGGGUGUUGGAAACCUGAGAUUCUGUGACAGAUGCAGGUGAGAAUCACUCAAGCCAUCUGUGAAUAAGAAUGACAAGGACCACAAGCAAGGCUGCUGUUAGACAAAACUGUUCAUUUCAGAUCCAAACAAGUCGAGAAAGAGAGUGCAGAGGGGACCUCGAAAUGAAAUAUGAUUUAUUAAUUAAGCUUUAGCAACAAGUGAUUGAUCAAAAAUGACUAAUACCAGCGAUCAGAUGGAUUUGGCUUUUCUGCUUAAAGCAGGGUAUAGUAGCUCCAAUCUUGCUGAAAGCAAGACGCUUUUGGAGACUGUAAAAGCAUUUGUCCAUUUUGGAGCUUUCAUAGUCACCGGUCUCUUCACUUGCCUCAUCACUGCAACAGUGCAGCACAGCCAAGAUCUGAGGCAGAACCCGCGGUACGUCCUGUUGUGCCAACACUGCAUCUGCGUGGCUGGCUUUAACAUCAUGGGUGCAGUUGUGCAUGGUCUCCGCAGCCUACGUUGGCCAGUCUCUCGAAUAAUCUGCUGGAUUCUUUUCGACCUGCAGGUGGUGAUGGCACGAGGUUUGAUGAUCACCCUCACAUUAAUGUCCAUCAGCACCUGUCUGUCUAUUUGCAUGCCACUCCGUUACCCCAUUCUGGUCCAGCGUUUCCACCGUUGGGUCAUGCUGGUGGCCUGUGUUCUCGCCUUGCUUAACCCCGUAUUGUUCACCAUUCUAGCCUGUUUGCGCUUUCCAUGGGACUACGUGGUUGGUUUAGACACAAAGUGCUCUACAGCUUUGGAAGGCACUGCUUGCAUUGCCAGUGCUGUUGCAAUGCUGUUGCUGAUGGUGCUUCUCAUAAUCAUAAGCUAUGUUGCUAUUUACCUGGAAGGCAGACGUGCUGGUCAUUUCACACGGUCCAACAGUAAGGGUCGCUGCACCAUUCUCAUCCACAGCCUGCAGAUGAGCCUGCACAUCUUGCCCUCCCUCAUCAUCAUUUCCCGGCGCGUGGAGUCGCUCCCUGUGGCGAUUUCGAUUUUCAUCCUCUUCAGUUUUGUGCAGUCUCUGAGCCCUGUGGUGUUCGGCUUGCGCUGCAAAGAGCUCUACAAGGAGAUGCCACGUUUCUUUCCAUGCCAGUGGGAAGCCUUUAAUUGCCGUGGUCACAAUGGAAGCAUAGACACUACCAGCACUGGGACUAUAACCAGUGCAGAAACUGGAGCCAGUACAGAGACUUGCAUCUCCUCCUGUAUGGUCAGCAACACCACGUGUAGCAUUAUCACAGAGCGAGAGGAUGACAAUGAGCUACAGACAAGUGGAACAUGGUGAAACCUUUACCUAAAAACACAAUAGGGAGAUCAAAGAACAGACAAAAGGAGAAAAAGAGAUCAGAGAAUAAACAGCUUCAACAGAUUUUUAUUUGUUGGGACUUAAACUCAAUGUUAGGCACCCCUGCAUUAGAUGCUAUACUCAACAGCACCCUUUAUAAGGUAUGCUUCUUAAACCGAUUGUUAAUGCGUUUUUUUUUAUUAGAACAUCACAUGCACAAGCAGCAACUCAAUGUAUUUAGGCAUGCAGAUGUGGUCAAUGUGACCUUCUUAAGUUCUAAGCGAGCAUCAAAGGAAAGGUAAUUUCAGGGCUUGUUUUCGCCUGGUCAGUUCAAGCCUUUUAUCUGAUUGAAAAGCUGAGAAAUUCGAUCUAUCCAAUUUGUGAAAACCAAUUUUGGGAAAAUCUUUCCAUUUUGUGAUAACGGUUCACAUUUGGCCAUAUAAAUGCAUCUCAGGCUGAGGUGUUGUAAAUCGGUUCUUAUAACGGAUAACAUCAACAGAAGCAUCACAUACAUUGGAACAUAUUUAAUUGUAUUUAAUUUAACAGAAACGUAAGCUAUGUUUGGCUGCAGUACGCUCACACCAAGGUGCAGUGAAGGACUGGCCAUCCAGAGCUAGAGAUAUAUACACAUAUAUACAGUACAUAUAUCUAAGAUCUGUAAUUUUGCCGGUGGUCAGUAUGCAAAUAUGUUAUUAAAUUACCAAUUGGAACAUGUUAAUAUAUUAGUGACCACAUGGCCAUUGCCGAUAAAGUGCAUGUUUUUGUGUGCAUGGAAACGUAUUAUCCUCCCUCCCUGUUUAAUUUGAUCUAAUCCAUGUCCUGGACACACACCUCCUGUCCUGCUUUCACUUCUCAUUCUGGGAGCAAUUCAUUUGUGAAUGAAUAUUCAUUAUUAACGACUUGUGUGAACCAUCGAUAGCUCUAUGUCUCAAUGUGCUUAAAUGGUAUGUAUCAUUUGUAAUAUUCAAUAAUUUAGGAUGAAAAGUAUGCACAUUGACUUGCAGGCACUGGUAUGUUAUUAGGCAACCUUAUACGUUACUUCAACAUUUGUGAACUUAUCCGACAUUUAUGCAAGUUGCUGGCACCAGUGUCUUGUCAUAUUUCAUUUACAUUGUUUGCUAAUUUUAUUCAACAAUCUAUAGCAUAAGCAUUUAGAAUUUAGUGCAAGUUGGUGCUAAUUUGCCUUAUGGUGAAUGCAGUAAGUAACUUUAUUAUCAUCACUGACGUUAGUUGUUGAGCAGAGAAGUCUGUAACAUACAAAAACCUAAAAAAUGAAAUCUUACCUAUAAAUUUAUGCCUUUAUGCAGUGUUUUCCUCGUUUACAUGUUACAACACCCAUACACAGCGCUUAAGUCCAGCAUCUUCACAUUGGCUUUAGUCUUGACUAGUGUGGUUGAAUGACGUUUGUCCUGGGAGCACUGUACAAAUAUGGCGGCGCUAUUGACGGAUGCUCAGGGUCAGUAUGCAAUAUUUAGUGUAUAUAUCUGAGCUCACAAAAAGAGGGCUAGCUCCACGAUUACUGUCUUUACAGGCUACAUUAAAUUUAUGUCAUAAACAUACCUGUCAUCUGGGCAUUGUGUGUUACAUGUUGACACCAUAUAUCUGACUAUGUGUAAUACAAUACAUGCUUUAACAGCCACAUGCAUUUAGACCUGUCCAGUUGUAUCUGGAAUGCAUCCCAGACCACCUUCUGAUAUGAUCUGACCCCAAGCCCUUUAAAGACAGGCCUAAAAUGAUUAGCCUAGAAAGCAUAACAGCUAACGCUAACUAUGCCUUUAUGGCAGUAUACCCACAAAAGAGACCAUGUGAUUAAUUGAGCUGCUGAUUGAUUGGUGCGUUUCACAUUACCAAAUUAUACUAGAGUUACAGGUUUUCCAAUGGUAAUAAAAACAUUUUCACCUCCACCAUAGUAAGAAAAUCUCUAGUUUGACCAAAGAGAUAUCUUCCUCAAAUGCGUUCCGGCGGGCAUACACACAUGCCAUUUUCACAACCGAAUAGUGAUCCGAUAAAAAAAGAAGAAAUGACCAGGUGUAAACAAAUUUUAGAUCCAGCAUGCCUGAAUUCACCCAUCCGCUCAUUAGUCAACCUCAUAACAGAAAUAAAGAAAAUGUUCAGUGCAGGGGGCCUUCAGGACAGCAUUGAAGACCACUGAUUUAAAGGAUUUUGAAUGUGGCAUGGUUGUGGAUGCCAAACAGGCUGGUCUAUAAUUUUCUGUAACUGCUGAUAUGUGUAAGUGGCAGUGCUGUUGUUUUAGGAUAGAGGCGAAUACUCAUAUAACUAUAUGAGCUUAGGUCUUCAGAAGAAUCUCCAAAUACUUAUCAAAACAUCAUGGAACCCAUUUGUACUUGUAAUCAGAUUGACAAAUACACAUCUUAGAUGUUUGUGAACCAGAAGUUGCUGAGACUGUUAUUCAAGUAUGUUGUUGCACUUCAAACUGAAAUGGAGUAUCAAGUAGGGGGCGGAGCUUUGUUUGCGCAUCAUAUCAUCACUUCAAACUAACGGCAAAGAGCUUACAAUCACCAGAAGGUGACGCUCAAUAGAGCGUUCCAUUACAACAGCAGCGCCCAGCAACAGCCCUGCGAUUCCUCCAUUUUGGAGUAAAAGCAAUUGGCAGUCCAUUGGAUCUUAUUGCUGUCGUGAUGGCAAGCAGCUUGUUUGUUUUUUAUUUAUUUAUUUUAAAAGUACAUUAAAGCUAAGAUACAGUCAGAAAGACGACAAUACAACACUUACUAUCACAAUCAUCAGCACUUUUAAUAGUUUACUAAACAAAGUCACUAAACAAACCCUCAGGUUGACAUCAACAGAAGUACAGCCACUCUGAAGGUGAAAGCAGAUGGUCAGAUAUUCACUGAAGAUUUAUCCUAGAGGUAAAUCUAGAACGUUGUAUAACUUAUAGCUCACACUGUAUGGAAAGAGGUGCAAAAUAGUUUUUUUUUUUUUUUUCCUGUAGCCUAACCUGAGUUUCUGUAGCAUUUCUGUACUUCUGUAGAAAUAUUAAAUGAUCACAUUUGCAUGCAGUUGUGUUUGAUUUUGAUGCUGUUGUACUGUACAAAAUGUAAAUGUAAAAUAGUAUUUUUCCGUA